AGAUAGUAAAAAUGAAAAUAAACCCGCUGACUCCACAACUUUCUCUGUUCGUCCGUCGUCAUCUUCGUAUAUAAAAGUCGGUCGCGGCUCCACGCUGCAUUCGCCGACACCGACCAGAGAUACGCCAUUUUGAACGAGCGCGCGCUGUCAAACUUCCCGCCAUGUCGUCGAUCAACCGCGUUUCGUUAUUGCUCAUCGUUUCUUUAAUGUAUUUGAAUUCCUGUUACACUGCUACGUUGCCGCGGAACUACGAUCCGAGGAUUACAGAGGAGAUGGUGAUGUCUCCCAAGAAGCGGCCAUUCUGUAAUGCGUUCACAGGGUGCGGUCGAAAACGGUCUCAAGUGCCCGGCAUGCCCGCUCAAGAAAUAAUGGGGCACAGACAGCUCGUAGACGAUGACUCCAUUGGCCCGAUUAUGGAUUCUGAGAACGGCAUCGAUGACAUAUCUAGGCAGGUUAUUUCCGAGGCCAAAUUGUGGGAGGCUAUACAAGAAGCGAGCGCGGAACUGGCGAGACGAAAGCAAAAAGAUUAUCAGUAAAGACUUAAUUAGGCUGGUGUUGUCUCUAGAUAUUGAUUGAUAGAUAGAUAGAUUGACUUUUUAUUGAACCAUUAAUCGAAAAUCAUAAGUUUUGCUUCGACCGAUGCGGCCGCGCUGUUGUUAAAAUUUUCAACAUAGACGAGAUUAAUUUCACUGUCUGACGACGUUAAAAUGAUUAAUCUGUACUGUGGCAAUGUCAAUUUUAUGAACGAUUGAUUUCGUCCUCAAAAAAAUUAACGGAGCGUAAUGACAGCGCGGCCGCAGCGGUCGAAAUGCUGAGUGAGAACCUAACCUCAAACAUAAAUGAGCGUAAUAGCGAACUUAGAGCAUACCUAUGCAUUUUUUUCCAGCCAACCUUAGGGUGGAAAGAAAAACAAGUGAACUAAAAAGAUUUCUUACUUUUUGUUUUUUUGUCAUUGAAUACUGAUCGAUAAAGAUCUUUUGUCAUAGCAACCGGUUCAAGAUAAUAUUUGCUAAUCUUACGUUAUGUUUACAGGAUAAUUAUGAAUUUAUUUUUUAAAUAAACUAAUAACAGUAAAGAAACGAUAGACAAAAUCUUAGGCAACACCAUUACAAAGGUAACUGGCGGUACACUUGAAUAUAAUGGCCGUAGCGUUUUUUGACGUGUUAAAAAUGACAUUUAUUCGACGUAAUUACAAUGAAAAUGUAAAAGUACUUACGUGUAAUUCGACGGUUAGGACGUUACAAGCCACUGAGACGUAUGGGCGAAUAUCAUUAGUACGUACUUCGCCUACUAUUAAUGUGUGUCUACUAAUGUUGUGUUUCGACGGUACAGUCCGCGUGGCAGAUAAACUAGGGCCCCGAACGCGUUAUAUACGCUGGAUCUUAAUAUAUUAAAAUUAUUGAUACUGGCGCGCAAAAAUUGUCAUAAUUUGUGUUGACAACCGUCCGUUUCUCUCUGGUUUCCCCUGUCAUGGUGUAAAUCAUCUGAAUAAUUAAUUGUUUUAUAACAUAAUUCUUAGGUAGCUCAGGUUAGGUUUAUCUACCUCGUACUAUACAAAAUUCGUGACAUAGUGUUAAGUCGAUCGUCAGCUUGCAACGUCCAAACGAUUUAUUAGAUACUGGCCAAAAAUUACUUCUCUAUUUAAAAAAUAAAUAAAAAAUAAUAUUAAAAAAGUAUAUUUUGUGCCAGUGAUUAUUUUAAAAAUAAAUUUAUAAAAUGUCAUUAUUUAAUCAUUAGGUUGAUUUAUAGUAUAAUUUAUUAUUUAAGACCUAGGAGGUGACAUGUAAAGUUAGUUUGUAUAUGUACUUAAUAGAUGUUAAAUAAAAACGUCGAUAAUUUUCCCCCAUAAGUCACGUCAACUUAUAUUGAUGACAAACAAGUUUGUCUUGCUAGAAUUAUAAAAAUAGGAUUAACAAUAGAAAGAAACGCUUAAAUAAAUGUGGAUAUUUUUACAUUAGCUAAAUUUUGAAUCAGUGUUGUAUCACGCCUCAUGUAUUUCCUAAUUACAUAUUUAAUCUAUGCCUUAUCGUAUGACAAGAAUACUUUUUAAAAAUGGCGGCUAGUGUUGUGAACGUUUAUUUAAGGUGAAGACUCAUGCAACCAAAUUUUGAAAAUUCUACUCGUUAGUUACAAUAUUAUUAAUGUAAAUGUGUUAUUAUUAAUAAAAUGAGAUCAU